GCCCACUGCAAACCAAUGAGAAGCAUCUAUCCCAAGACCUUCUACUCCAACUUCAAAAACCUAGAGGGCUAUUGGCCAAAGUCUACGCGCCUCUGCUUUGAAGUGGAAACAUGGGAGGAUGGCUCAUUUCUUGACUAUCAAAAUGGUGUCUUUCGAAACCAGUUGUAUCCUGGCCACGCUGAACUCUGCUUCCUGGAUUGGUUCCAUGAGAAGGUUCUGUUUCCUGAUGAGAUUCAGUGUCCUGAUGCACAAUACCAUGUCACCUGGUACAUAUCCUGGAGCCCCUGCUUCGAGUGUGCAGAGCAGGUGGCUCGCUUCCUGAAUGAGCACGAGAACGUGGACCUGAGCAUGUCCGCCGCCCGCCUGUACUUGUGUGAGGACGAAGAUGAGCGGGGGCUUCGAGAUCUGGUUGCUGCAGGGGCCAAGGUGGCCAUGAUGGCUCCAGAGGACUUUGAAUACUGUUGGGAUAACUUUGUGUACAACGGGGGAUGGGACUUCCCGUAUUGGAAGAAAGUGCGAAGAAAUUAUGGUCGUCUGCAGCAGCAGCUUGAUGAAAUCCUCUGCAUGUAUCCCAACACCUUCGACUUCAACUUCCAAAACCUAAAUAGCUAUGGGCGGAAGUCUACCUUCCUCUGCUUUGAAGUGGAAAGAUGGAAGGAUGGCUCAUUUCUUGACUAUCAAAAUGGUGUCUUUCGAAACCAGUUGUAUCCUGGCCACGCUGAACUCUGCUUCCUGGAUUGGUUCCAUGAGAAGGUUCUGUUUCCUGAUGAGAUUCAGUGUCCUGAUGCGCAAUACCAUGUCACCUGGUACAUAUCCUGGAGCCCCUGCUUCGAGUGUGCAGAGCAGGUGGCUCGCUUCCUGAAUGAGAACGAGAAUGUGUACCUGAGCAUCUCCGCCGCCCGCCUGUACUUGUGUGAGGACGAAGAUGAGCAGGGGCUUCGAGAUCUGGUUGCUGCAGGGGCCAAGGUGGCCAUGAUGGCUCCAAAGGAUUUUAAAUACUGUUGGGAUAACUUUGUGGACAACGGGGGAUGGCAGUUCACAUAUUGGAAGAAUAUGCGAAGAAAUUUUAGUAGUCUGCAGCAGAAGCUUGAUGAAAUCCUCUGGGACUGAGGAGGAAUCAUGACUUUAUUUUUGGGACAGAAUGAUGUCUCCAAGCGGCUGGCUCCCGGAAAACUGAAGCAGCACAGCUUUCUCUCCCUGAAGCUCCCCUCCCCAAGUCCCUCUGCAAUAAAAGGCUAAUGUGCAAAUU